CCUCUCGGUCUUCUCUCGUCUACAGAAGUAAAUAAUUGAAACAAUGGUUAUUUUUAUUCGCCAUAGUGUGACUCUUUCACCGUUUCAUGAACGUGAUUUAAAUUAAUGGCACGAUAAAUUUUAUUAAAAAUAAAUAAUAUACAGUAGAAAUGUAUGUGUGAAGGAACAGUGCGAGUGAGGAACUCCGUCUUUUAGAAUUGACUCCGAUAUGCGAUCGCGAAUAAGAUGAGAAAGGAGAUGCGAUUUCGCUAAUAAUAAGUGUCAUUCGUUGAGAUUAAACGAGAACAAAAUGUAAAAUUUGUCUCGCGUUCAUCAUGUUUAUUUAUCAAAUCAUUGUCAUGAUCAGUUUCGAUGUUGACAAAGUGGCAGAGACUGAAUCUUAUAGGUUAUUGAUGAUAUGAUGAUAUGUUACAACAAUAUCAACAUUGAUAGUGAUUUUUUGCAGAAAUCUACAUCAAAGAUGUCAAAGUGUCCAGCUGGAUAGAUGAAGAUAUGCAAUAGUUAAAUAUAAAUAUGGCGGGAAAUAUUUAUGAAACACUUCCGUUUUAUCAUCACUCUGAGAGAGACAUAUGCCAAUGGCUUUCACACAUCAAGCUGUCGAGAAUAAUAAUUUUGACAGCCAUAGUUUUAUUUAUUGUGCCAUUAUUUACACAUUAUUAUUUAUCCAAAGUGGAAUCUGAUGCUCCGGAUAGAGAUAUAUAUAGAACGUUUUCGACUCUGGAAGCUUUUGAAGAUUUCACAUCUAUGAAAGCGUCACAAUUGAAGAUGCGAAUAGAGGAAAUGUUUCAUAUAAAAAUUUCAGUGAGCAACGAAUUGAGAGAUCUGGGUGGUAAAAGGCAAAGACUUCAAGGUGAAGUUAAUAGUUUGACACAGAAGAUAGAUGAAUUAAAGCAAGAAUUAUUGCAUCAACAAACAGAUCUUGACAGAUUAAAAAUAAGUGUGGAACAAGCACAAGUAGCACAAAGAGAAGCAGUUGAAAGGAAUACGCCAGAAUUGGCACCUCCUAAGAGAAUAUUGAUUAAUACUACUCCAAUUAUAUUAUCUAGUACAGAUCCACGAUCGUGUAAAAUGUAUAAUUGUUUCGAUCAUAGUCGAUGUGCAUUAACAAGUGGCUUUCCUGUAUACUUGUAUGAUCCAGAUCAAUUCUCAGUAGUCAGUCUAGGAUGGGAUGUAGAUGGUUUCUUAAAAACGACCAUUAAACAAACAUUAGGUUACAAUCCGCAUCUUACUAGAAAUCCAGCAGAGGCAUGUAUCUAUAUAGUUUUAGUUGGUGAAGCAUUGAGUUCCCAACAGAAGAGUGAUCAACGUUAUAGCAAGCCUUUAGAUAUAAAAAAACUGCAUGCACUUCCCUAUUGGGGAGGAGAUGGUAGAAAUCAUAUAUUGUUAAAUCUUGCACGGAGAGAUUUAUCUGCUGAUUCUGGGAAUAUUUUUAGUAAUAUAGAUACUGGGAGAGCAAUGAUAGUGCAAUCAACAUUUCAUAGAAAUCAGUUUCGCAAUGGUUUUGAUUUAAUCGUUCCACCAAUUCUGGGACCACCUGGUGGAGAUAUUUGGCAAGAAUGUGCACAAAUGUUGCCUGCGAGAAGAAAAUAUUUGUUGUCUUUUCAGGGAGAAAUGAGAACUUUUAAAGGCACUCCAAUGACACAUCAAAUCGACGACUCGGAUAUAGAUUUAGAAAAAUUAGUCGUCGAUGAUAAUAAUAUAGACUCAUUCAUAAUUCAACAUUUGAAAGAUAUGAGUAAUGGAAUAACUUUGGAUAAGUUUUAUAUUCAAUUUGAAUGUAUACCAGCCUCUGUGGAAAGCAAACCUAUGGAAACUCUUGAUUGGUCGCUCUGUGGAACUGAUUCGUCCAGAAGAGCCAUACUAAAGGAAUCGACAUUUGCAUUGAUUUUAGCUCCUAGUAAUGCCACAUUGUUGACUACUUCAUCUAUGCAAGCAAGAUUGUACGAAGCAUUACGAGCCGGGUCAAUACCAGUUAUUCUCGGCGGUGAUCAGAUCUUGCUUAAUUAUAAUGAAGUUAUAACAUGGAGAAGAGCUGUUAUCUUUUUACCUAAGGCUAGAGUAACUGAAAUGCAUUUCUUAUUGCGUGCUGUUCCUGACAAUGAUCUCCUAACUAUGCGAAGACAAGGUAGAUUAACAUGGGAACGUUAUAUGAGUACCGCUCAAAGUGUAGUGGAUACUACCAUAGCAGUAGUCAGAGAUAGACUUGGUAUACCUCCGUUACCGGCGCCUCAAACACCCAGUCCCAGUGUUUUUAACGAAAGUUUUGUGCCUUUAAAGUCAGAUACCAUCAUUGCUGAACCUGAAGCUGAAGAAAGCUUAGGCCCCUUAGAACCACCUUAUCCAUCUCCUGCUUUUAAGAGAAACUAUACAACAUUAUUGGUUCAGGGUCAUGAAAUUUGGAAUGAUUGGAUGGAUCCAUUUAAUUUGUAUCCACAAUUACCAUUUGAUACCAUUCUUCCUAGUGAUGCUAAAUUUCUUGGCUCAGAAGUUGGCUUCCGGCCCAUUGGCAAAGGUGCUGGAGGUGCCGGAAAAGAAUUUAGCGAAUCAUUAGGAGGAAAUUAUCCAAGAGAACAGUUCACAAUUGUGAUAUUGACAUAUGAAAGAGAACAAGUUCUUAUAAAUUCUCUAGCGCGUCUGUAUGGUUUACCUUAUUUGAACAAAGUACUAAUAGUAUGGAAUAGUCCGAAACCACCCGCGGAAGAUCUGAAAUGGCCUGAUAUCGGCGUUCCAAUAAAUGUAAUAAAAGCUCCAAGAAACAGUUUGAAUAAUAGGUUCCUUCCAUUUGACGCAAUUGAGACAGAAGCCGUCCUUUCUAUUGAUGAUGACGCUCACUUGAGGCAUGAUGAGAUUAUGUUCGGUUUCAGAGUAUGGAGGGAACAUCGAGAUCGCAUAGUUGGAUUUCCUGGUCGCUUUCAUGCAUGGGACCAGAAUUAUCAUAAUGCUUGGAAUUAUAAUUCUAAUUAUUCUUGUGAGUUAUCCAUGGUUUUAACCGGAGCUGCUUUCAUCCACAAACAUUAUACAUAUCUAUAUACAUAUUGGUUACCACAAUCAAUAAGAGAUAAAGUCGACGAAUAUAUGAAUUGUGAAGACAUAGCUAUGAAUUUCUUAAUAUCCCAUCUUACGAGAAAACCACCAGUUAAAGUAACAUCACGUUGGACAUUCAGAUGUCCAGGUUGUCCAGUUUCACUUUCGGAAGAUGAUACACAUUUUCAAGAGAGACAUAAAUGUAUUAAUUUCUUCUCGCAGGUUUUUGGAUACAUGCCUCUAUUGAAUACACAAUAUCGAGCGGAUUCCAUACUAUUUAAGACACGAAUACCACAUGACAAGCAAAAAUGUUUCAAAUUUAUAUGAAGAGACAACACGCCUGUAUAGACUUUUGUGUAUGUAUUGUAGAAUAAGCUUUUGAUACACACACAAUUUUAUGCAGUUCUAAAAUAUUAUACGAAACAUUUUACAAAAUGUAUAUAACAAGUUGGAGACAUAAUGGAGAGUUUAGUUAUAUAAUGGGAAUUUUAUUAAGAAAAUAGCAAUGAAUAGGUAAAUUGUAUAAAUAAUUAAGACUUUUAAACAAAUAUUGAAUGUAUAAGUCUUAUAAGUGAUUAGUGCAGAACUGUCCUUAUGUAAUUGAAUCAUGUUCAUUUUUUUAUUUUUGCAAGAUGUUUAAUAAUAAUCAUAAAC